AAACGCGUCCCGAUGCUGUUCUCAACCUCGACCCUGCUCGCCGCUGCCACGUUCAUCGGGCAGGCCGCUGCGCACGGCUAUGUCCCCUGGAUUAGAAUCAACGGCACCAACAUUCCUGGAUGGGAUGUCACCAGGGAUGGAUACACCGUUCCCCAGCCCUUGAGAAUCGUCCGUGCCACCAAGCCCGACAGCGGCUACAUCUCCAACGUCAACUCCCCAGAUAUCACCUGCUCGAUCGGUAACUCAAAGUUGCCUCCCGGCCCGAUCACUGCAUCUAUCCCCGCUGGUCAGACUUUGACCGUCGUUUGGAACACUUGGCCCAUCGGUCACGAUGGUCCCAUUAUUAACUACAUGGCCAAGUGCCCUGUUCCAGGAUGCUCCAGCUGGAAGGGUGACACCGGCUCUCCCUGGUUCAAGAUCUCCCAACAGACCUACGAUGGCGAGUGGCCCUCUAACAGGCUCGCCCGUGGUGGCUUCACCUCUGAUGUGAGGAUCCCCGCCAACAUCGAGCCAGGUGACUACCUCCUCCGACACGAGCAGAUUGCCCUGCACGGCGCAUCUCAACCUGGUGGUGCUCAAUUCUACCCUGUUUGUAUUCAAUUGACCGUUACUGGCGGUGGAAACCUCCGACCCUCCGGCUUGAACUUCCCUGGUGCUUACAAGCAAAACGACCCCGGCAUUCUCUUCAACCCCUACCGUGGCGAUGCUGCCAACAGGGCUUACAUUCCUCCUGGUGGCCCCGUCUACCCUGGCUUGACCUAA